AAUAAAAUCCUUAUCCUGGCGGCAGGAUUAAGAUACAAAAGUGAAAAAGUGUCACACGAAAAUUCCAGUGCCCACAAACACAAAAGUGCUAAUCGACAAAUUUAAAGCCUCAAAAAAAAAGGACCAGAUAAAUUCCAUAAAGAAAGUGCUAGCCCUUGGCCAUUUUGCAGAGUUUUCCUUUUGGGCGGCGCUUUUCGGGGAAACUGUUUCGGUGUCGGAUAUUGAAGAACUCCCAAGGUUGCAGGCCAAAAAGCUGUUGUGACAUUUUUUUGGCAAAGCAAAACGCAAUGGCGCCAAAGACGCCGCCAUUUUCGCAGCUCGACAAAAUGGCGACAAGGACAUCCACAUCCACAUCCACAUCCAAAUCCAAAUACACAUCCGAAUCCGAAUCCUCAUCCAGUUGGCUCUGCCGCCUGCUGAUAUUCGGCUUUUGCAUUGGCGCCGCCGCCGCUCGAGACAUUCCCUCGUCGAUGGACCAGACAGACGUGGCCUUUUACUGUCCUGGAGAAGGUCUGUUUGCGGACGACUACGAUUGCCGGAUUUAUUACCGCUGCGAGCGGCGUUCGGGCCAGUACAUCCAGCCCUAUCUUCUGGCCUGUCCCGAGGAUGCGGUCUUCUCGCGCUCCCUGCGAAUGUGUCUGCCACCGGCGAUGGCUGGCCGGGAUGAGUGCGUGGACCAGGUGAACGAGGUGGACGACGGCAGCAGCAUGGAGAAGUGGGAACAGGACGACUACGGAGAGGAUGACCAUAAUGCGAUGCUUAACCUGGCCGUCACACCUGCGGCCAAUGAGCUGCGAACCUACGCCUCCACCCAUCGGCUACCCACGAAUUAUGGCAUGGCAGGUCUCAGCGGUGUCUCUGUCAUAUCCUUUUCCAGCUCAUCAUCCCUGCGAGCUGUUGGCCCCGAGGAGGCGGAGGGGGUAAUAUGCCGGGAUGAUGGCUUCAUGAACGAUCCCAGCGACUGCACCGUGUUUUAUCGCUGCAUCUCGAAUGGUCGGGGCUACAACAAAAUCGGCUUCCGCUGCUCCGAUGGCACGGCGUGGGAUGAAUCCCUGCAGUCCUGCAACCACAUGUUUGACGUACGUGCCAAUGGUGGAUGUCGCAAUCAAGCGGUCCCCCAGAACGACGGUUAUUACGCCGGCCAAACGUCAACACAAUCCUCGCAGACCAGUUACCAGAACUCCACCUCAAGCAGCCAGCAGAGCUCCUCCACUUCCAGUUCCUCAAAUUCCACGCAAAGCUCCAGCUCUACGUCUAGUUCUACGUCCAAUUCUAGCUCCAGUCAGGAGUCCUCCACAUCCAGCAGCAAUCAGCAGUCGAGCUCCUCGUCUAGCAACAAUCAGGAGUCCAGUGCGGAAUCUAGCAACAAUCAAGAAUCCAGCUCCGAAUCCAGCAACAAUCAGGAGUCUAGCUCAGGAUCUAGCAACAAUCAGGAGUCCAACUCCGGAUCUAGCAACAACCAGGAGUCUAGCACAAGCUCAAGCAGCAACCAGGGUUCAAGCUCCCAAAAUUCUGGAAGCAAUCAAUCCUCUAGCAGUAACCAGAACCAAAGCUCUGGUGGCAGUCAAAGCUCAGGAAGUAACCAAUCCUCAAACAGUAACCAAAGCUCUCAGAAUUCCGGUAGCAACCAAUCCUCUGGCAACAACCAAAACUCCGGCAGCAACCAAUCCUCCAACAACAGUCAAAAUUCCGGUAGCAACCAAUCCUCUGGCAGCAAUCAAAACUCUGGCAGCAACCAAUCCUCCAACAACAGUCAAAAUUCCGGUAGCAACCAAUCCUCUAGCAGCAAUCAAUCCUCCAGCAACAAUCAGAGUUCCCAGAACAACCAAUCCUCCAGUUCGAACAGCAAUCAGAACUCCUCGGCCAAUCAAACCACCAGUGGAUCUAGUAAGCCCGCGCCUACAAAAUGCGAAGAUGAAAAUACUUACAUCCCCGACAAAGAAGAUUGUGCUAAAUUCUACAGAUGUCGUCUAGAUAAGAAUGGAAAAUUGGAACAAGUGCCUUUUACCUGUGGACCCGGCACCGUAUGGAACCAAGAAGAUAAGGUUUGCGAUCUGCCCACUGAAGAUCAAAAGAAGAAAUGCAACAUCCAAUCGGGAACAUCCAGUGGCAGCUCUGGACAGCAAUCUAGUGGAAGCUCCUCAAGCAAUCAAGGCUCUUCUAGCAAUCAAUCAUCAAACAACCAGACCUCAUCUAGCAAUCAAGGCUCAUCCAGCAAUCAGGGGUCAUCUAGCAAUCAAGGCUCAUCCAGCAAUCAGGGAUCAUCUAGCAAUCAAGGCUCAUCCAACAAUCAAGGAUCAUCUAGCAAUCAAGGAUCAUCUAGCAAUCAAGGAUCAUCUAGCAAUCAAGGAUCAUCUAGCAAUCAAGGAUCAUCUAGUAAUCAAGGAUCGUCCAGCAAUCAAGGAUCGUCCAGCAAUCAAGGCUCAUCCAGCAAUCAAGGAUCGUCAAGCAAUCAAUCCUCAAGCAACCAGAGCUCUUCCAGCAACCAAGGCUCCUCCAGCAAUCAAGGCUCCUCCAGCAAUCAAGGAUCAUCCAGCAACCAAGGCUCAUCAAGCAACCAAUCAUCCAAUCAAGGCAACAAUCAAAGCUCAUCGAAUAAUCAGUCCUCCAAUCAAGGUUCGUCUUCAUCUUCGUCAUCCAACAAUCAAAGCUCGAGCUCCAAUAACAAUUCAUCAGGCAACAGCACUCAAUCAACGACUCCCAAGCCCUCCAAUCCGGAUGGUAGCUGCCAGGAUACGGAAACAUAUUUGGCAGAUAAAAAAGACUGUGCCCGAUUCUAUCGUUGUGUAGAGAAUGGAAACGGUGGCUUCGAUAAGGUUCCGUUCGAUUGCUCACCGGGAACGGUCUGGGAUCCCGAUACAAAGGGCUGCAACCAUCCCACGGAUGUGCAAAAGGAGCAGUGCAAGGCAAUGGCCAAUGGUAGUGGCUCAUCCAAUCAGGGAUCUUCCUCAAGCCAAGGAUCGUCUUCCAAUCAGGGUUCGUCCUCAAACCAAGGAUCUUCUUCCAACCAGGGAUCGUCUUCCAACCAAGGAUCAUCUUCCAACCAAGGCUCUUCUUCCAAUCAGGGCUCCUCUUCAAACCAAGGAUCUUCCUCCAACCAGGGAUCUUCCUCGAACCAAGGAUCUUCAUCAAACCAGGGAUCUUCAUCGAAUCAAGGGUCCUCGUCAAACCAAGGAUCAUCCUCAAGCCAAGGAUCUUCUUCCAACCAAGGCUCUUCUUCCAACCAGGGCUCCUCUUCAAACCAAGGAUCUUCCUCCAACCAGGGAUCUUCAUCCAACCAGGGAUCUUCAUCCAACCAGGGAUCUACCUCAAACCAAGGCUCUUCUUCAAACCAGGGAUCUUCCUCAAACCAGGGAUCUUCCUCGAACCAAGGUUCUUCCUCAAACCAGGGAUCUUCCUCAAACCAAGGCUCUUCCUCAAACCAGGGAUCAUCUUCCAACCAAGGAUCUUCUUCCAAUCAGGGAUCUUCAUCCAACCAGUCCUCAUCCAAUCAAACAUCGUCCUCUCAGCAGUCUUCUUCUUCUAACCAGACUUCAUCCUCUACUACUGAAGGAUCUUCAGCAUCCACCACGCAGAAACCUUUCAAGCCCGCUGAGAAAUGUGAGAGUGAGGAAACUUUCCUGGAUGACAAAGAAAACUGUUCCAAGUUCUAUCGUUGCGUUGAUAAUGGUAAGGGUGGAUUUACAAAAGUGUCAUUCACCUGCCCACCAAACACUCUAUGGGACCCUGAGGCCAACAGCUGCAAUCACCCCGAUCAGAUCCAGACCAAGCCCCUUAAGUGCAAAAAAGUGGUCAAUCAAGGCGGAACCUCAUCCAACAACAGUGGUUCCUCGUCUAACAGCACUUCUUCCAACAGUGGAUCCUCAUCAAAUACUGGUUCUUCAUCCAACACUGGCUCCUCCUCCAACACUGGAUCUUCUUCAAACAGUGGAUCAUCUUCCAAUACUGGCUCGACCUCCAAUACUGGAUCAUCUUCAAACAGUGGAUCAUCUUCCAACAGUGGAUCAUCCAAUCAAGGCUCCUCGUCCAAUAGUGGCUCCUCUUCUGGUUCCAACUCUUCCGGAAAUGGAUCGACUUCUUCAUCGUCAUCAUCUUCAUCUUCUUCAAGCAACAACAAUAACCAAGGCUCAUCCUCAUCGUCCUCUAAUUCAUCCUCCUCAAGCAGCAGCUCAACUUCCUUAAAACCAAAUCCAUCGGAAAGUUGCAAGGUCAAUGGACAAUUUAUUGGAGAUAAAACACAGUGUUCCAAGUUUUAUCGCUGCGUGGAUAAUGAUAGGGGAGGUUUUAAUAUGGUGGCCUUCAGCUGCGGCCCUGGUACUGUUUGGGAUGCCCAACUUCAGGCCUGUAACCAUGCUUGGGCUGUAAAGGAAUGCGGUGGCGUUGCUCCUCCUCCGACUCCUCCUCCAUCCACCACCCCCAGACCAUCAACAACAACCACAUCAAGACCUUCUGGACCAUCUUCCACAUCCAGACCUUCAGGGCCAUCUUCCACAUCGGGACCCUCAGAUCCAUCUAGUACCUCACGUCCUGUUACCACCCGACCAACAAACUCCUCUCCUUCCACAUCUCCAUCCUCUCCAACCACAUCUCCUGUUACUCAGUCACCCAACACCGAUGGUAAAUGUAACUCAGAAGGCUUUAUGGCUGAUCCCAGCAACUGCUCCAAGUUCUAUCGCUGUGUUAGGAAUAACAAAGGUGGCUUCACCCCAAUCCCAUUCCAAUGUGGUGCUGGUACCGUUUGGGAUCAAGACCUGCAGACCUGCAACCACAAUUUUAACAAUUGUAACACUGGCACGGAAUCCACCACAACGAAACCUCCCUGCGAACCAACAACCAAUGGAACAACGACCACUCAGAAACCUGUAACCUCCACACCACGACCUACCACAACUGAUCUACCCCCUACCACGACUGAUUUACCUCCCACUACAACAACUGGGCAACCUCCCACUACAACUACGGGGUUACCUCCCACUACAACUGGAUUACCUCCCACUACAACAACACGUUUGCCACCCACAACGACCACAGAAACACCGACCAGUACCCCCACUACAAUACCGCCUAGUACAUCAACAAUCAGUUCGGAAACCGAAACCUCAACGAUGACACCAAAUCCGGAAACCACUACGCAAUCACCUUCUACAACCACUAUGAAACCCCUACCGGCUGGAACUGAAUGCACAGGAGAGGGUUACAUGGCCGAUCCCGAAGACUGUAGGAAAUACUACCGCUGCAUCAACGCUGGAGCCUCCUACAGAAAGUACAAUUUCACGUGUCCCAAGGGUACUGGAUGGAAUGAAGAAGUGCAGACCUGUGACUACAUGCAGAACAUACCGAGAUGCUCAAAGUUACCUGCAGAGCCGGAGACUACGACACCAAGUGAAGAGUCCAAAGACCCUGGAAGUACAACUCCACAAACAACGGAUGAACCUACAACAGUUACAAAGCCCAACACAAAACCAACCACAGAACCUUCCACGGAGAACCCGCAGAAACCCACGACGACUGAAUAUCCCGGAAAGCCAACUACCACAGAUGAACCGACAACAGAAAAACCCCAGAAGCCCACAACGACCGAAAAUCCCGGAAAGCCAAACACCACAGAAGAACCUAUAACAGAGAAACCCACGACGACCGAAAAUCCCGGAAAGCCAACCACUACAUCAGAACCUACAACAGAAAAACCACAGAGACCCACGACGACAAUGAAACCAACGACACAGGAACCUACCACCACAAAUAUUCCCGGCUAUAACCCAACAACAACGCCAGUUCAAGUUGAAACUACAACCUCCACACCUGGUUAUAAGCCAACCACCACCGCAGAACCUGUCACAACAACCAUGGAGCCUGUUACCACCACCACUGCCCCUCAAAAACCCACUACCACAUCCUCACCUCAACCGACAACAACUACGGAAAACCCAGAAAGCACCACACCAGAAGGUCCUUCGACCACCAUUCAGCCUGAGCCACAGCCGAACUAUAACUGCUCCGCCGAGGGAUUCUUCCCCGAUCCCGAAGACUGCAGUCGCUAUUACCGCUGUGUAGAUGCGGCCAAGAAUGGCAAGUACAAGGUUUAUGCCUUUAAGUGCGGUAAGGGAACUGUUUGGGACGUAUCCACCGAAACUUGCAAUUAUGCCGAUCAAGUGUCGGGAAAUUGCUCAUCUGGACAGACGACUACGCCUUCGACUUCCACGGAACCAGGUACAACAAGUUCUGGAACUCCUGAAACAACCACUUCUAAAGUUCCGGAAACAACAACUUCUAAAGUUCCUGAAACAACAACUUCCAAAGUUCCCGAAACCACUACAACUGGAGCUCCUGAGACCACCACCACGCCAACAUCGGAAACAACUACCAGUGGAACUACCCCCGUAACCACUACUUCUGGAAGCACUGAAACCACUAGUCCUGGAACCACUACCACCAUACCUCCUGAAACCACCACUACAUCAGCCAGGCCAGAGACAACCACCACAAGUGGUGAAGAAACCACAACCAAUCAGCCAUCGACUGAAGCCCCAACCACCACUGAGAUUCCCACUCCCGGCACCAACACCUCCGCCCCUUGCCCCACUACCGGUCCUGGACAGAAUGCGUACGUCUGCCCUACUGGAUUCCGUCAGCAUCCGGAGAAGUGUGGCAUGUUCUACCAGUGCAGCGAAAGUUCGGAUAGCAACGAUCUAAACAUUGUGGUGUUCCAAUGUCCUAAUGGAACUGUCUACCAGGACAAGACCUGCAGCUGUGGCAAACCCCAGGCGGGUGACAAAUGCUUAAAGGACAUGAAGAGGACCUUGUUCGAACAGGAAUCAAAGCUUCAGAAUGUGGUACAAAUCAGCUCGACAGCCCCUCUCUGCCCGGAUGAGGGUCACUUCGCGCUCAACGAUGACCAGUGCGGCCAGUUGUUCGUCAAGUGCGGAUUCUCGGAGCAGACGGGACGCAUUGAGGGUCAGAUCCACCGCUGCCCGCAGGGAUUCGCCUACUGGAACGUGAGCCGUCGAUGCGAACCCGCCCGAAAGCUGCUCAACUGCACACCAACCACCUACAAUGUGGGCGGAAAUGUGCCGCUGGAGUGGCUCAACAUUGGCCAUAGACGCCGCAGCAUGCGCAUUUAAUUAGAUUUAGUCUAGAUUCGCUUAGUAGCCCGCCAUUGUUUGUUUGCUGCGCCAGCCCGGGAUUCACAUCUUUGUACUAGGCUGGCACAGCAAACGAUCGAACAGAAGAGUUAGCUUAGGACGUAGGGAAAUUACAGUAGGUUAAGACCGGGUUUACCCCUCCAACAUAUACAGCUUAAAAGGAACAUAAAAGAAAACAAUUCUAAACUUAAGUACAAAGCUUCAACUUAUAGUAUUGAAAUGUCAAGUCUCCGAUUGAAGUAUAUAAAUUGUCCCGAAGCUUUGGUUGUUGGAGGGUUAACUAUUCUUGGUGUCGGACUGCGAGACUGCACUUUACGCAUUUGAAAAGGAAACAAAAGGUUUUUUGAGUAGUCUUCCUAUAGUGGAAACAGGCACAGCCUUCACUACACACACGUAAAUGUUGUAGCUAUUAUGCAGUAAUUGUAUUGUUUAGAGUUUAAACAUACGUUCUGAACGCCAUAUACAAUAAUAUAUAUAUCUUAGACUAUGCUUAAAAUUUAUAAUAAAUUGAAACAUAUACAAAAAUCGUCGAA